GCGACUGUCAUUCUCAUCUGGUUUUGGAGCUCGGCCUGCAAGUGUUUGCAGUGAUUAUAUUUUUUUAAUCCAGCUUCUUUAUUUCUGGCCCAACGUUUAUUAUAUUUGUGUAUUUCUGGUUGUCUCGCUAAGUGGUCCAGAUUUUUUUAAAUUUAAGCUUACAAUGUCGGUGAUCGAGUUCCUAAAGGAUCUGCCGUCUUACGAUGAACAUAACUUUACAUUGUACAACACGGAUCAUGGCAUCAGAUAUUGCUCUAAGAGACCUUCGAUAUACCUCCCCACUAAGGACAUUCCUUCAGAACAGAUAAUAGUAACAGAAAAAACAAAUAUCCUCCUAAGAUAUCUACACCAGCAGUGGGAGAAAAAGAAUAACAACUCCCCCAAGAAAAGGGACCAGAGCCACCUCGAGCAGAAUGGCGACGAGCCGCGCCCGCGCAAGAGGCCCUGUCUCAACUCCCCGCUCAACUGAAACCACUCCGGAAAAGUUGUGCUUCAGUAUUGAACAUUCAAGUGUACGGCAUUUUUGUAUUACAGUUUGUAUUCCGCUAUAUCAAAAUAUAA